GUCACGUGGUCACGCUGAGCAUCCUUGGCGGAUGCAGCGGCUGCGUGUCGCGUCCUCUCUAGGUUUCAUGGAUCAGCUUCACCGCAGCGUCUCCUGCUCUCACUUUACCUCUUCCACCGCGGGGCUGCUCAACGAAAUCGCAGGUUAUGCCACCCCAAAGGCUUCCUGGAUCCCCAGCCGUGAAAGAGAAGGGCUGAUCUCCAUUUCCCCCCCCAAGUUCCUGCUGCUUAGCACCUUCCCCAUUCUUCCCUCUUAUGAUUAGUCCCCUCUCCCAACCUCACUAGCCCCUCCCGACUCCUACACCUGACCCCCUGCCACCCCUGUCAUCCUCCACCCAAUAGGACUUUUUGUCCAGUUACAUCACCUCCCCAACACCAACACCAUACUUAGUUUCUUCUCUUACAUUUAAUCCGGACUCGCUAGCUACACUCUAAGACUUAGCCUGCCAGUCCCCUGCCCUUGCCUGAGACCUACUCUUUACCUACGAGCUGCACGCCAGGCCCCAUGGCUACAGGAGGCCAUGCCCCUGAGAUAGAUGUGCUGAUCAAUCAACAACAGGUGAAAGUGGAGGAGGAGGAUGAGGAAGGAUCACUGGAAGAGGAGGAGGAGGAGGAGGAGAACUGGGAGAAGGCGCUGUCUGUGGAGCGCUUUGGCGACAUUAUUGGUGACUCUGCUUCUACCAGUGGAGACAGGAUGGGCCGACACUACACUGAGAAAGACUUUGAGAAUCACAGACACACAUUUCACCAUACGCACCACCCCUUGUCCACCCACCUGCCCCUGCCCCAGCGGUUACGCAAGAGGGUGCACAGCGCGGACCGAAGACGCAAAAAGAAACGGAAGAAAAAAAAGACAUCUUUGCCCCCCUCCGAUGUUACACCCACAAUUCACGAGGUAGAUGAGGAGGAGGCGGAGUCUGAGACAGACGGACUUGGGGUGGCUGCCACGCCCACCGACCUACCUGGCAUGCAACCACGGUUUAGUUUGGGGAGCCAAGAGGACUUGGAGGAGCCCCUUCCACUUUCUACCUUCCACAAGGAAAACGAAGAACAUUCAUUGUCGGGGAAAGCUGAAGUCACGCUGAUAAAGGGAGCAGCUCAAAAUGGGGGAAGUGGAGUUCUUUGCCAGGAUGAGGAGCUGGGUGGGGAGGAAGUGGAUUGCAACAGUGUUCCCCGAGGAUCUGACCCCUCAACUUCAACCACGGCCUGCGGCUGGUUUCGCAGGAAGCCUGUCCACCAUCGCCUGGCGGGCGCCCAGCGGAGCAACUAUGACCUGCGGGAGCGAAUCUGCAUCGGGAGUAUGACCGCUCUGGAGACCGCUGUCUACCAGCAGGUGCCCACUGAUGAGGCGGAGGCCCAGAUGUUGGCCAGUGCUGAUCUGGAUGACAUGAAAAGCCACAGAUUUGAGGACAACCCCGGGGUGAGACGCCACCUGGUGAAGAAGUCGUCCCGAUGUCAGCUGACCCGGGCCAGUAACAGCUCCACGCCUCUCUCCAGUCUGAAGAAGAGGAAGAGAGCUGCUGAAAAGAAGACACAUGAGUUGUUUGUGGAGCUGAACGAGCUGAUUGUGGAGAAGGAUCAUGAAAUGCGUUGGAAGGAGCGAGCUCGCUGGAUCAAGUUUGAAGAGGAUGUGGAGGAGGAGACGGACCGCUGGGGCAAACCUCACGUGGCCUCGCUCUCCUUCCGCAGCCUGCUGGAGCUUCGUCGCACCAUCACGCACGGUGCCAUCCUUCUGGACCUUGAUCAGAACUCUCUGCCUGGAAUCGCUCAUCUGGUGGUGGAGACGAUGAUCAUCUCUGAUCAGAUCCGAGCCGAGGACAGACCCAGCGUUCUGCGGGCUCUGCUGCUCAAACACAGCCAUCCGAGUGAUUUCAAACAUCGUUUUCACCGCCACCACUCAUCCAGCAGUCUUCAUGGCAGCUUCAAUCACAACAACACCCAUGACACCAAUCUGCCGCUCGUGGCUGAGGAGCACGAUGAACACCAGGAUAACAAAGGGCCGGUAUAUGACCCCAAACAAGACGUGUUUGUCAGCCUCUUUAAAUCUCUCCACCCUCUGCCUCCUGAGAGCCAUCCAGCUGCAGCCAGAUCAAUGAAACUGCUUGCCAAGAUUCCCAAAGACGCAGAAGCUGUCAUUGUUCUAGUCGGCUGUGUUGAGUUUCUGGAGCAGCCGGCCAUGGCGUUUGUCCGGCUGAACGAGGCUGUGCUACUGGAGUCAGUCCUGGAGGUCCCCGUCCCUGUUCGCUUUAUUUUUGUCUUGCUUGGUCCCAGUCAGUCCAACAUGGACUAUCAUGAGAUCGGACGCUCCUUCUCCACUCUCAUGUCGGACAAGAACUUCCAUGAGGUGGCCUACUUUGCGGACGACAGACAGGACCUCCUGAAUGGGAUCAACGAGUUCUUGGACUGCAGCAUCGUCAUUCCACCCUCGGACGUGGAGGGCAAAGACCUCCUGAAAACGGUGGCUGACUUCCAGAAGCAGAUGCUGCGCAAGAGGAAGGAGCGGGAGCUUAAAAAGCAACACUCCACGUGUGGAGUGGUGCAGGAGAACAAAGAGGUGAGCCCAGAGGAGGAAGGAGAGGAAGACCAGGAGGUGGAUCCGCUGAAGCGCUCUGGGAUCCCAUUCGGAGGCCUGAUCCACGACAUCCGCCGCCGCUACCCACACUAUGUCAGUGACUUAAAAGAUUCCCUGGACAUGCAGUGCGUCGCCGCUGUCAUCUUCAUCUACUUCGCAGCACUGUCGCCCACCAUAACCUUUGGAGGCCUGCUGGGAGAGAAAACAGAGGGGAUGAUGGGAGUGACUGAGCUUAUCGUUUCGACUGCAACUCUUGGAGUGAUAUUUUCGCUGCUUGCUGGUCAGCCCCUCCUCAUCAUUGGCUUCUCAGGACCAUUACUGGUGUUUGAAGAGGCCUACUACAAGUUCUGUCAAGCUCACAACUUUGAGUACCUGACGGGUCGGGUGUGGAUCGGUUUCUGGCUCAUCAUCAUCGUCCUGGUGAUUGUGGCGGCAGAGGGCAGCUUUCUCGUCCGCUACAUUUCGCCCUUUACCCAGGAGAUCUUUGCUUUCCUCAUCUCCCUCAUCUUCAUCUACGAGACCUUCUCCAAGCUCAUCAAGGUCUUUAAGGAACAUCCACUGAUGGCCAUGUACACCAGUGAUUUAACCCCAGCUACUGAGCUUCAGGAUAUCGAGGGCCCCAUCUUCAACCAGCCCAACACCGCUCUUCUCUCUCUGGUCCUUAUGAUUGGCACUUUCUUCGUUGCUUUCUUCCUCAGGAAAUUCAGAAACAGUCGAUUUUUAGGUGGCAAGGCCAGAAGAAUCAUCGGUGACUUUGGCAUCCCUAUUUCAAUUUUGGUUUCAGUGUUGUUGGAUUAUGCCAUUACUGAUACUUACACACAGAAACUCAAUGUGCCGUCAGGUUUUUCGGUCACGUCCCCUGACAAGAGAGGUUGGUUUAUCAGUCCCUUUGGUGAUAAGCAGCCUUUUCCAACUUGGAUGAUGGGAGCAAGUAUUGUACCUGCGCUUCUUGUCUUCAUCCUCAUCUUCAUGGAAACUCAGAUUACAUCAUUGAUAGUCAGUAAGAAGGAGCGUCGUCUGGUUAAAGGCUCAGGUUUCCACCUGGAUCUGCUGCUCAUCGUCAUCCUGGGUGCCUUCUGUCCCCUUUUCGGCCUGCCAUGGCUCACCGCAGCCACUGUCCGCUCUGUCACUCAUGUCAACGCACUCACGGUCAUGAGCAAGGCCACGGCACCUGGCGAAAAGCCCAUGAUCCAGGAGGUGAAAGAGCAGAGGCUGACCGGGCUUUUUGUGGCUGUGCUUGUUGGUAUGUCCAUAGUGAUGACAAAUGUGCUCUGCCUCAUCCCCCUGGCUGUGCUCUUUGGUAUCUUCCUGUACAUGGGAGUCACCUCUCUGACGGGCAUCCAACUGUAUGAACGCAUCACUCUGAUGGUCACGCCUGCCAAGCAUCACCCUGAUCACAUCUACGUCACCAAGGUGAAGACAUGGCGGAUGAACAUGUUCACCAUCAUCCAGUUGGCAUGCAUCGUGGCACUUUGGGUAGUGAAGUCCACUGUGGCCUCCCUGGCGUUCCCCUUUGUCCUCAUCAUGACGGUGCCUCUGCGCCGCGUCAUCCUCUCCAGGAUCUUUCAGGAGCGUGAGCUCCAAGCGCUGGACUGUGACGAAGAUUCUCCUAACUUUGAUGAAGACGGACGGGACGAGUACAACGAGAUCCACAUGCUUGUGUAAAUCUCAAAUGGGCCCAGCUCCAUCCUGCAGCUCUGAACAAUCUAAGCCUCUCUGGAAACCUCAGCAAAGCAAGAGGAGCUACCAUAAUGGUGUUUGUAAAAUAUACAAAAGCAAUGGCUGGAUAAUUACUUAGCUUUGUUUAUUCCAGUUUUUCAAAGAGCACACCUAACGUUAGAUCUCUGUGGUGGUGGUGGAAGUGGUGUGCGUUAACCUCCCUGAAGAUGUUCUGUCAGAGGCCAGCGAAUAGCUUUGAGCAAAUAGCUUCUGAUGCAAACCACCUGACUAACAUGAAUCCUUAAUCCAACUUUUUAUCCCAUCUAUCCCUUUAACUACUCCGCAGGUUCUGGGCAAAAGUGCAAUGAUGAUGGUGACCUCCUGGACAACAGCUGGUGAUGAUGAUUUAGGCGGAUUUUGGCACUGAAAGUGGGAAAUCUGGUCAAUUUCCUCUCAUUUCAUUCAGGAAACAGACAUUCAUCAAAAUCUAUUAUUGUUCAGGUGACGUGACCCUAAAACUUAAAGCCCUGAAAGAAUUCACUGCCUUCAUAGUUUAGCAGCCUUUACUACCGACAUUUCCUGUAGGUUGCAAUGAUGUGUGAACAAGGAGUUAAGUAGUGUUCCUGUCUGUACAGACUUUUAGUAAUGAGCACUGUUGUUGAGUCACAAAGCCUCCUCUCUGAACGAAGACUCCUCCUGAUAGUGAAAUCUCUACUGAGCCUUCAAGAGGUGUUACUGUACUUUGUUAGGUGUUUAAUGCCCAACAUACCAGUCCACUGGGCUUAUUAUUGUGACCUUGGAUGUAUGACUAAAUAGCUAACAUGGUCUCAACCUUAUUUUUCUACUCUGUCUUAUUUAUUUUG